UUUAUUAAAGAAAAUUGUGUAAAGUGUGCGUUUAGUGUACAUAUUAUGUUUAUUUGAGAACAAUCGGAUCAUCCAUGCGGAACUUUAAAACCAUUAAGAUAAUUCUUGAAAAACUGAAUAUUACAAAGCUGUUCUCAGUUGUAUAUUAAAUAUUAUAUUAAAAUGUACUCUGUUGUUCUUGUCGUUUCGUUUGUGGUGGUUUCUUUCGGAAAUGUAAAUGGUGCGCGGAUUUUAGGGAUGUUUCCAACUCCUUCUAUAAGCCAUCAAUUAACUUUUCAACCAAUAUGGAAAGAACUAUCACUAAGAGGUCACCAGCUAACCGUAAUUACAACGUAUCCAAUAGGAGAUAAGCGUUUGUCAAAUCUAACCGAAAUAGAUGUGUCGUUUACGUUUCAUCUGUUUGCAAAGUCUGAAAUGUUAUCAAAACUAGCUAAGUCAGAUGCAUUAUUGUACGAAAAACAUAUGUAUUUGCUGGAAACCUGUUUCUUAAUAACAACAGCUCAAUUAGAAUAUCAACCUGUACAAGAUUUACUUAAAAGCAAUGAAACUUUUGAUUUGAUACUCCUACAACAAACGCACAACUGGAACCUGGUGUAUGGUUUUGCUUCAAAAAUCAGGGUUCCUAUGAUAGGCAUCUCUUCACUUGGACUAUUCCUUCACUCCCACGAUGCCCUUGGUAACCCAACUCAUCCAAUCGUAUCACCCGACAUGAUGCUAAACUUCGCCGGAGAGUUAUCGUUCUUCGACAAGGUCCAAAGUUUUCUGUACAAUAUUUGGUACAGGAUAUUUUAUUACUGGUAUGCACUUCCUAAGGCGGAUAAGAUUGCUAGGAAAUAUUUUGGAGAAGACAUGCCUUACUUGGGAGAUUUGGAAAGAAAUAUUAGUUUAUUGUUAUUAAACGUGAAUCCUAUUAUUCAUAAUGUACGGCCGAAUGUUCCGAAUGUGAUUGAGAUUAAUCAGAUGCAUAUAAAAGAGAGAAAACCGUUACCUAAAGAUAUACAAGAAUACCUAGACUCUGCUCCACAGGGAGUAGUUUACUUCAGUUUGGGAUCAAAUGUGAAAAGUGCCAAUUUGACAGAGCAAGUAAGGAAAGAAAUUGUUGCGGCAUUGGGAGAAUUACCUUACAAAGUUUUAUGGAAAUGGGAAACUGACUAUCUUCCCGAUAAACCUGAUAAUGUGAUGACUAAAAAGUGGUGCCCUCAACAGGAUAUUCUUGCACAUCCAAAUAUUAAAGUGUUCGUUAUGCAAGGAGGAUUACAAUCUAUAGAAGAAGCUAUAACGUUGGAAGUACCUCUUGUAGGAAUGCCUUUCGUUACUGACCAACCUUCUAAUAUCAAACGAAUAGUAGAUUUGGGACUGGGUGUUCAAGUUGACUACAAAACCUUGACGAAGGACAUUCUUAAGAAUGCUAUUUUGGAGGUAGCUCAGAAUCCAAAAUACAAAGAAGAAAUGAAAAAAGCGAAAGCUAUACUAUUAGACCAACCCAUGAAGGGAGUGGAAAAGGCGGUUUGGUGGAUAGAGUACGUCAUUAGACACAAAGGUGCCAAACAUUUGAGAAGUCCAGCAGCGGACAUGUCGUUCUUCGAGUACUUCAUGGUCGAUGUUGUACUAUUUCUAUUGACAUGUAUUGCAGUUGUUUUGUACUCUGCAUAUAAAUUAUUGACCGUAUUACGAGCGAUGUUAAGGAGUUCAAAAAAGAUUAAAAAGCAAUAGUUUUUAAUUAAUUCUAAUUUAGUAUUAAUGUAUUUUAAUGUGUUCGUUAUAAGUUACUUUAUAAAAUAAAGAAAUAUAUUUUUUAAUUAAAUA